UCGGCUUCAAUUGUGGAUGUUGUCUCGUUUGGCUUUCAGUUUCGCUGUGAGCUUCGUGGCUGUCGGUUGUGUUUCUGGUUGUGCGAUAGACUUAAAGCUUUCAAUAUGAACGCCGCCUGCAUUGCUGUGGGCGUACUCUUGUGCGCGGGCGUGGCUGUGGCUAAAGAUAAUCUACGUGUGGCCUACGAGUGGCGGGAAAUGGAUUUCCAAUACGAUUCCCCCGAUCAGAGGUGGUCGGCUAUAGAGCGCGGGGCCUUCAAGCCGGCUAAUGUAAUCCCCUUCGGAUUGGAGGUCUAUCGCCAGCGAUUGUUCGUAACGCUGCCCAGAUGGCGAAACGGUGUGCCCGCCUCAUUGGCCUACCUUGAUCUUAAUGAUACCUCUAGUAAAAUGCCUGCUCUGCGACCUUUUCCCAGCUGGGUGUCUCAUAGCUUGAGCGAUGCGGAUCCGGAGCUCGUCUCACCUUUUAGAGUCAAGGCGGAUCGUUGUGGGCGCCUUUGGGUGUUGGACUCUCGCAUCGCGGGCGUGCUGGAGCAGACGAAGCUGUAUGGUCCGGCGCAACUGUUGAUCUACGAUCUGCAUAACGAUGAUCUGCUGCGUCGUCACAUCCUGCCCAUGAGUCAGACGAAGCAGAAUUCCUUCUUUGCCAAUUUGGCUAUCGAGGAUGCGGACUGUGAUAAUACCUAUGCGUAUGCUGCUGACCUGGGCAGUCCUGGUCUGGUGGUCUAUUCGUGGCGGGACCAGGAAUCGUGGCGAGUGCAGCACCAUUUCUUCCAUCCCGAUCCGCUGGCGGGCAACUUUAGCAUCAAUGACAUCGAGUUUCAAUGGGACGAUGGACUUUAUGGACUAGCUCUGUCCAAGCCCCAGAGUGAUGGUUACUCCACUCUGUACUUCCAUCCACUUAGCUCCACCAUGGAGUUCUCGGUGAAGACCUCUGUGCUAAGGAACAAAACGUUGGCCACCUCUGGUGCUAUUUACAGGGACUUCAAGAUCCUGGGCAAUCGUGGCGUAGACGCGCAGGCAGGAGCUCAGUUCCUGGAUGCAGAGACCGGUGUUCUGUUCUACACGCUGCCCAAUCAGAACUCUCUGGGCUGCUGGCAAACCUCGAAGGGCUACAACGUACAGGACCGUGUCUAUAGCAACAACAAUAGUUUUGUCUUUCCCAGUGAUGUCAAGGUCGAUGAUGAGCGACGCCUCUGGGUGCUGGUCAAUCAAAUGCAGAACUUUAUCUACGAUGAGCUCUAUCCAGGCAGCAUCAAUUUCCGCAUUUACAUGGCGAAUGUAAACGAUGCUCUGGAGCAUACAGCCUGCGAGGCGACCAAAUCCCUGCCAGAUCUCGUUGGCAAGCUGGGCGAGGUGCUGAGGACGAAUAUCAAGCUAAAGACAGCAACGGAUGAGGGCUCAAAAUCCGCUGCAGCUGCUCUGACACUGAGUCUAGGCGCCCUGCUGUUAACCCUCUCCUCGCUGCUCUAAUGUGGAAAGGAUUUUGUAUAUACACCACAGAAAAUAAUUCCAUUUAAAUGUAGCCCCCUAGUUUGUAGUUUUUGUGCAUAAA